AUGGGGACGGAGCGGCCCGAGGAGCCGGGGGGGCGACGCCGCCACCACCACAGCCGCCGGCCGAGGCGCGUCGAGGUCCCCCGGCCCCCAUCCAUCGAGGAGUUCACCAUCGUGAAGCCUAUCAGCCGCGGCGCCUUCGGGAAGGUGUACCUGGGCCGCAAGGCGGGCCGGCUCUAUGCCGUGAAGGUGAUGAAAAAAGCAGACAUGAUCAACAAAAACAUGGUUCACCAGGUCCAGGCAGAGAGGGAUGCACUGGCUCUCAGUAAAAGUCCUUUCAUUGUGCACUUAUACUACUCACUUCAGUCAGCUAAUAACAUCUACUUAGUGAUGGAGUACCUUAUUGGUGGUGAUGUCAAAUCUCUUCUCCAUAUUUAUGGAUAUUUUGAUGAAGAAAUGGCUGUUAAGUAUAUUUCUGAAGCAGCAUUGGCCCUUGACUAUCUUCACAGGCAUGGGAUAAUCCACAGGGAUCUGAAGCCAGACAACAUGCUCAUUUCUAAUCAGGGCCAUAUAAAGUUGACAGACUUUGGGCUUUCCAGAGUUACUCUGAACAGAGAGAUAAAUAUGAUAGAUAUCCUUACUACACCAUCAAUGGCAAAGCCAAAACAGGACUAUUCGCGUACUCCAGGACAAUUGUUGUCUCUUAUCAGUUCUCUGGGCUUUUAUUCUCCUGUUGGAAUGAAAAUGCCAGCGCACAAUUCAAGUCAAUCAUCUGACAGUUUGCAUGGAGUGGUUUCUCCCUUACCUAUGGUCCAGAAGGAAAAUACCCCUCUUUCAACUAAAUUAUUCAAAACAUAUCUUGAUAAUUCUCAAUUAACGCCUGUGAUGCCAGCAAGAAGUUUGACUCCUACUCUACUUCAGUCAAGAAAGAGGUUUGGUCCUUGCAGUGUUAGUAGUGAGUCACACACACACCUGUCCAGUGUGGAAUCAGAAUGCUGCAGCAGCCCCAGGCGGGAGAAAGAUGUAGAGCACAGUGAAGAUGAACCUAGUUCUGCAACGUGCAAAACAAAUAACAGUGGGUCAGCUCUCCCUUCGAACAUUGAGUUAACAAAUAGCAAAAGUAUUGAAGUUUUAAAGAAAAAAGAACUUGAGUCUGCUGUUUCUCCCAUUGUCAGAAAUGAUUCUGGCUGUAGGCAGAAGUUGGGAAGUGAACAUUCGAAUAUAACAGAUACAUUUUCUUACUGUGCCUUUCACAUCCAGUGUGGUUAUGGGAGUAUUUCUGAAAAGACUUGUGAAGAAAACGUCUGUGUAAAUAAAAAAAAGAUAACUGAUGAAACAGCAGAAACUUCCGGUCCACAACAGUCAUCUUCAAGGCAGAAUGAGCCUUUCAAAGAGCAAGAAAUUUUUGAAAAGCCAGGUGUUAAAAGAGGCUUUGAAUUAGUUGAUACCAGUCCUUGUCAGGAACUUAACUAUGUUAAAAAAAGCAAUGCAGAAUAUAAGCGUGGCUGUCACAUCUCAGAAUUUUCAGCAAACAAUAGGACGGGUUUGACAACAGACAUUCAGUCCUUACUGCUCUGUAAUGAUGGAUGCCCACGUGACACCUGCAAAAGCGAGGAGGAAGUUAAGUGUUCUAUUAGCAACCAGCAAACAGAAAGAUCACUUACUCCAACUAUAGCCAAAAAUCUUAUGUGUGAUCUGGAUGCAGACUACAGAAAGGAUGAUGGAAAGGAGUACAUGAACUCAAGUUUUCUAGACACUGACGAUGAAAAACCUUUAGGAAUCCUCAGUGCAGAUUCUGAUGUAUUUACCGACAUGUCUGUUACAGAAAGCCAUUUAGAAAAGCAGCUUUUAGAUUUGGACAAAAGUGUUAAAGACCUCUCCUUUGAGGAGCCAAAACCUGAAGGUGCGCUGAUAACAUCACCAAAGUCCCAAGAUGCCUCACGAAGUGGAGAGGAAGCACAUACAGUCCAGGACUGCAAGCUGUUACAUCAUGAGAAGGAUAAUGACCAGAAACACGGGGAAGGAGCUUACCUUAACACAGUAUCUCCUCCUUCAGAAAAGAUGAUGGAAGCACUGAGUCUCUUAAAAAAAAAUGCUGUUGUUUUUCGAAGUUAUAAUAGUCCGAUUAAUAUGUCCAAUGUAUCUGAGCCGUGUAGCAUGGCUUCUUUAGAUAUAAUGGAUCUUUCACCUGCUUGUAGUGGCUCUUACCCCACGGCUAUCACUCCGUCACAGAAAGGAAGGCCAUAUCAGACCUAUCAGACACCUCGUCAGGGGGAUGCUGGCACACCAUAUCGGACUCCGAAGAGUGUAAGAAGAGGAGCUGCCCCAGUAGAAGGUGAACGCAUCCUAGGGACCCCAGAUUACCUGGCACCAGAGCUGCUUUUGACAAAGCCUCAUGGUUCUGCUGUAGACUGGUGGGCCCUCGGAGUUUGUCUGUUUGAGUUUCUAACUGGAAUUCCACCUUUUAAUGAUGAAACACCAGCACAGGUUUUCCAAAAUAUUUUGAAAAGAGAUAUUCCCUGGCCUGAGGGUGAAGAAAAGCUGUCUGAUAAUGCCCAAAAUGCAAUAGAUAUUCUUCUAACAAUUGACACUACUAAAAGAGCUGGACUGAAAGAGCUGAAACAUCACCCCCUCUUUCACAGUGUGGACUGGGAUAAUCUGCAGAAUCAAACCAUGCCGUUUAUACCUCAGCCGGAUGAUGAAACUGAUACCUCUUACUUUGAAGCAAGGAAUAAUGCUCAGCACCUGACUGUGUCUGGAUUUAGCUUGUAGCAUCAAGAUAAGUGAACAUUCUCCAUGGUUUUGCACAUUUACAGGUUAUCUGGUAACACUAGUUUGGUCUUAACUAAGUUUCCUUGCCAAAUUUAGUGUGUUUUACAUGACCAGUCUUUUUAUUAUAGUCUCCUUUAUUCUAAAGUGAAACUAUUGUAUGUAACUGGUAUCAAGUGCCUUUAGUGGGCUCACUGCACCUUACUAAGAAGCCAGAGCAUUGAAUGUCUUGGAGCUGGUAACUCUUGACAAUGAUGGGGCUUUUGCAUAGCAAUGAGUAAUUCCAGUUAGGAGGUGUGAUGUUAUUUCCCAGCUAAACAUAAUAUGGAAAGGACAAAAAUGCAUACUAACUGUAUCUAUUGGCAGUUUGCUGUGAUGACAGGCUGGGUUGGAAGCACUCCUUUAACUCUGUUAAAUAAAUCCUCUGCUCAAAUUGUUGCAUUGUAACCACUUGGGCUGUACGAAGCUGGACUCAACAUACAUUUUAGCAGUUACUAGUUUUACCUAGAAAAUGCCCAGUGUGUGUGUGCUCACUGGUGUCAGAUGUCAGCUAACAGGUGGUUUUGGUUUUUAACAAGUGAAGCAGUAUUCAUUCUGAAGCUGCUAUAUACUGAAGACUAUUAUGUACUGCAAACUCACAGAUUGUUCUGCAAACUCACAACGACAGCUUAGAUUUUUACUAGAACGUAAGAUAGAAGUGUAUAUUCAGUAUUAUAAAUCUGAAUUAGAUUAAAGUAUACUUAUCCCUAUCUUUAAAUGCAACACAAAACUUGUAUCUGCUAGGUUUCAGAGGUUUAUUUUUAGAUAAUCCUGUUUAAAUAAUCUUCAGUAUUUUUGUUGCGUAGGUAUCUUUCUCUGCUAACUGAAUGAAGAUUUUAAUUUUUCAGGUUUGUACUUGUUA